CCUCUCUCUCUCUCGUGUGAGACAUAUAUUUGAUAAUGUUAUCUAUAUUGGCACCUAUAUAUAUAUUUAUAGAAGUGCCCUUUCUUCUCUUUCUCUCUCUCUCUCUGGUUCACUCUCCCCAGAUCUUACAAGUCGGUUCAGUUUCAAGGAGAUUUGAAACCAAGUCCAGAUUAAGUCAGUUCUGAUGUCUGCUUUUGGAAGCGAUUUCAGAGCGGUUUUCUAGGAGAAUCAAGUUCGGUUCUUCUUCUCGACGGUGACGAAAAAUUUUCUCUUGCUUCUGAUAUCUGAUUCGUUAAUCUUCAGUUUUCCGUUUAUCGAAGUUGGCCUGAAUCGAGUUUGACGAUCUAUUUUAGUUAUUUCUGUCAAUGCUGCAAUUUUUCCUCUCGAUGAUUUGCGGUGAUUUUCAGUGGUUGUAGAAGAAACUAGGAUUUGUUGUUGUUAUUGUUGUUUGCGUGGGGUGGAAGCUAUUGAAGUUAAUUUGUUAGGGAAGCGUGGGGGUGAUCAGUUUGUUGUUGUUGAUCACGUGAGGCUUGUGAAAAUGCCGCAUCGAACGACUUACUUCUUUCCGAGGCAAUUUCUGGACCGUGGAUUCGAUGUAUCGUCGAAAGUGUUUCAAGAUCACGAGAAGAAGAUCUCGAAGGAAAGUGUUAGUGGACAUAGGGACGCGAAAGCGUCAGCAAAGGACGAGAUAGUUGGUGGCAAGUGUGCAACUAAAACUAAAUCGGAUCGUUUCACGGGUGACAAAAUUCACGGAAGGCAAUUGGCUGCUUUUGUCAAUUGGUUGGCUGAAAAAAAGGGAGCAAAGGCCGGUCAUGUGAAAGUCAGGUUGGGCGGCGACGAUGACGAUGGCGAUCACGAGAACGAGCUCUUGCUUCCCCAGGAGCCACCGGUGGUCGAAGCCAGUAAGGAUCAAAGUUCUGACCAGCCGGAAGUGCCGUUGCAGGGGCUGUCGAGUGGGACUAGUGGUGUUGGUCCACCGGCGACGCCUGAAGUGGUCGUUGUGGCGGGUAGAGAGCGGGGUUUCGACAGGCAGUUAUCGUUACAGCGGCUAUCGAGUGGGAGUAGCUAUGCGGGGAGUUUGUUUUCUGGAACGACAUUGGAUGGGAAUUUCUCUAGCGGUGUGAAGGACUCGCAAGUCUCGACGACCAGAGAGGAGGACGAGACUGAGGCGAGCACACAUAGUUUGGCGCAGAGGUCGCGCGAGAGCUAUUAUUUGCAGAUUACGCUUGCUAAACGUCUCAGCGAGCAAGCGUCGCUUGCUAGCGAACCCCCCUUUCUCCAACAGUACUCUGAAUUCUCGGGUAUAUCAUCUCCUGAUCCAGAAACUGUUUCACACAGACUCUGGGUUAGCGGAUGCUUGUCUUAUACUGAUAAGAUCUCAAAUGGAUUCUACAAUAUUCUGGGAAUUAAUCCGUAUCUGUGGGUGAUGUGCAAUAACUCAGAGGAAGGUGAACGGGUACCAUCUUUAGUGGCGCUAAAAGCUGUUGAACCUAGUGACGCAUCAUUGGAGGUUGUCCUUGUUGAUAGAAAUGGGGAUACACGUCUUAAGGAGCUAGAAGAGAAGGCGCAAGAAUUAUAUUUUGCUUCGGAAAAUACCUCGGUUUUGGUGGAAAAGCUCGGAAAACUUGUGGCUAUAUAUAUGGGGGGCACUUUUCCGGUGGAGCAAGGAGAUUUGCACACGCGCUGGAAGGUGGUGAGCCAGAAACUAAAGGAUUUUCAGAAAUGCAUUGUGCUUCCAAUUGGCAGCUUGUCUUCAGGACUCUGUAGGCAUCGGGCUAUUCUUUUCAAGAAAUUGGCAGAUUACAUAGGCUUGCCAUGCCGGAUUGCUCGAGGUUGCAAAUACUGUGUUGCUGAUCAUCGGUCCUCUUGUCUUGUCAAAAUUGAGGAUGAAAGGAAUUUUCCUAGGGAAUAUGUAGUUGAUCUAGUAGGAGAACCAGGAACUGUGCAUGGUCCAGAUUCCUCAAUCAAUGGAGGUGUAAUUUCUCCAAUGCCUUCACCAUUUCAGAUUUCUCAUUUAAAAGAAUUUCAGCAAUCUUACAUGGGUAAUGCAUCCUAUUGUCAAAUCCUAAACUCAGAGCAUGCACGUGUCCCUUCUGACAAUCCUUUAUACCCAGGUGGCAGGGAAAGUCACCUGGUGGAGGAUGCUGGCUUGGUUAAAGAACCAAAAGAAGGUGUUUAUAGUCCAAGUCAUCAAGUUGGACAAAGCGAUUCACCUGAAGGAGCUCUGGUCACUGGAGCUGCUGGAAUUUCAAAAGAUGAAUAUUCUAGAGCUGCCGGAGACAAAUUAGUCAUACAACACUCUUGGACGAAAGAUAUUGUUGUAUCUAGGAAUUCAAUAAUAAGCGCUUCUGUUAGACAAUCUGAAGCCAAUUUACCUGGUCAAUCAGAUAUUAUUGAGGUCAAUAGUGGACACGAGAAUCAAGGUGUACUUUCAAAUGCUACUACCUCAAGAUACUUGAACCUUGAGCCUUCGCUUGCAAUGGAUUGGCUUGAGAUCUCUUGGGAUGAAUUACACAUCAAGGAGCGCAUUGGUGCUGGUUCUUUUGGGACAGUGCAUCGUGCUGAAUGGCAUGGAUCAGAUGUAGCAGUCAAGGUUCUAACAGUCCAGGAUUUCCAUGAUGAACAGUUGAAGGAGUUCUUAAGAGAGGUUGCAAUAAUGAAGCGUGUUCGUCAUCCUAAUGUGGUACUCUUCAUGGGAGCAGUUACACAACGCCCACAUUUGUCAAUAGUGACAGAAUAUCUUCCAAGGGGUAGUCUAUACCGCCUAAUACACAGGCCUUCCCCUGGUGAAAUUAUGGACCAAAGAAGACGGUUACGCAUGGCUCUAGAUGUGGCCAAGGGAAUUAAUUAUCUCCAUUGUCUUAGCCCUCCUAUAGUUCAUUGGGAUCUUAAAUCUCCAAAUUUGUUGGUCGAUAAAAAUUGGACUGUGAAGGUCUGUGAUUUUGGACUGUCCAGAUUCAAAGCAAACACUUUCAUUCCAUCAAAAUCAGUCGCUGGAACACCUGAGUGGAUGGCUCCCGAAUUCCUUCGAGGAGAGCCUUCCAAUGAGAAGUCCGAUGUCUACAGUUUUGGGGUGAUUUUGUGGGAACUCGUGACAAUGCAACAGCCUUGGAGCGGACUUAGCCCUGCCCAGGUGGUUGGAGCUGUUGCUUUCCAGAAUAGAAGACUUGCUAUUCCACAGAACACCUCCCCAAUAUUGGCUUCCCUCAUGGAAACUUGCUGGGCAGACAACCCUGCUGAGCGCCCUUCGUUUGGCAGUAUCGUUGAAACGCUGAAGAAAUUACUGAAGUCUCCGCUUCAGUUAAUACAGAUGGGAGGACCACAAAAGAGUCUUCCAGGGAGUGCUGCUGUGUAGCAUAUGUAAACCCACAGCCACAGCUGAUUUUUGGAGAUCUAAAUGAAAUAAUAAUAAUAAUAAUAAUAAUAAUAAUAAUAAUGAUAAUAAUAAUAAUAGAAUAUAAAUGGUAUUAUUUAGUUAGUUUCUCUGUAACUGAACAGAAACUGGUUCUGGUUCGGAGCAACAACUGGAGAUAAUAUGCUCUGUCUAACCCAUUUCAAAGGCAAAUAUUCAGACAAGUUAAAAGAGCCCUGGAAGUGUAAUUGCAGAAAUGUUGGACCUGUUGUAUCCAUAAGGGUUUCAUUUGGGUCU